AUGCUCAUGUUUCUGGUGUUGACAAGUCUCACAGCCAUGGUGCUGGCUGACCUGGAGCCCCAGCCCAGGUAUCUGGAAAACAGCUUUGAAAGGGUUGUAGGAGGGGAGGUAGCCAGACCCAACUCCUGGCCCUGGCAGAUCUCUCUUCAGUACAAAUCUGGCAGCAACUACAACCACACCUGUGGAGGAACCCUGAUUGAGAGAGGCUGGGUCAUGACCGCUGCUCACUGUGUGGCCAGCAGAAGGACGUGGCGUGUCGUUCUUGGUGAACAUGACCUGUACAGCUACAGUGGCAGAGAGCAGAUCAUGGACGUCAGCCAUGUUUACAUCCAUCCUAAAUGGGACUCCAGGAGAGUGUCUAAUGGGUACGACAUUGCCCUGCUGCGUCUGUCCUCUGAAGCCACCCUGAACUCCUACGUCCAGCUGGGCUCUCUGCCUCCCUCCGGCCAGAUUCUGCCCCACAACAACCUCUGCUACAUCACCGGAUGGGGACACACCUCUACUGGCGGCAGCCUGUCUGCAAAGCUCAAGCAGGCACAGCUUCCUGUGGUCGACCACAAGACCUGCUCCAGCUCUGGCUGGUGGGGCAGCACUGUCAAGACCACCAUGGUGUGUGCCGGUGGUGGUGCUAAGUCUGGAUGCAAUGGUGACUCUGGUGGCCCUCUGAACUGCCUGGUUGACGGGAAAUACUACGUCCAUGGUAUUGCCAGCUUUGUGUCCAGUUUGGGAUGUAAUGCUCCCAAGAAACCCACUGUCUUCACCCGCGUGUCUGCCUACAUUGAAUGGAUAGACUCGGUUAGUACGAGUGAUAUGUACAUUUUUGAUAAGUGA